AUGAUCCACGAAUUGCUCUUGGCUUUGAGUGGGUACCCGGGUGCCAUCUUCACCUGGAACAAGCGGAGCGGCCUCCAGGUUUCACAGGACUUUCCAUUUCUCCAUCCCAGUGAAACCAGUGUCCUGAAUCGACUCUGCCGCCUUGGCACAGACUAUAUUCGCUUUACCGAGUUCAUUGAACAAUAUACAGGUCAUGUGCAGCAACAGGAUCACCAUCCAUCCCAGCAAGGCCAGGGUGGGUUACACGGAAUUUAUUUGCGAGCCUUCUGCACAGGUCUGGACUCCAUCUUGCAGCCAUAUCGUCAAGCACUGCUCGAUUUGGAGCAGGAGUUCCUUGCUGACCCUCACCUUUCCAUAUCACAUGUCAAUUACUCCUUGGAUCAGUUCCAGCUUCUUUUCCCCUCCAUGAUGGUUGUUGUUGAACAGAUUAAGAGUCAAAAGAUUCAUGGCUGUCAGAUCUUGGAAACAGUCUACAAAUACAGCUGUGGGGGAUUGCCUCCUGUACGCAGUGCAUUAGAAAAGAUCUUGGCUGUGUGCCAUGGGGUCAUGUACAAGCAGCUUUCUGCCUGGAUGCUCCAUGGGCUGCUCUUGGACCAACAUGAAGAGUUCUUUAUUAAACAGGGUCCAUCUUCUGGGAUUGUCUCCACUCAGCUGGAGGAGGAGGAAGAGGACCUGGGCAUUGGGGGCCUGACAGGGAAGCAGUUACGAGAACUUCAGGAUCUGCGCCUGAUUGAGGAAGAGAACAUGCUGGCCCCCUCCCUAAAGCAGUUCUCCCUUCGAGUGGAGAUACUUCCUUCCUAUAUUCCAGUGAGGGUCGCUGAAAAAAUCCUGUUUGUAGGAGAAUCUGUGCAGAUGUUUGAGAAUCAGAACAUGAAUCUGACCAGAAAAGGGUCUAUUUUAAAGAAUCAAGAAGAUACCUUUGCUGCAGAGCUCCAUCGCCUCAAGCAGCAGCCUCUUUUCAGCCUUGUGGAUUUUGAGCUGGUGGUGGACCGGAUACGCAGCACUGUCGCUGAGCAUCUAUGGAAGCUCAUGGUAGAAGAGUCAGAUUUACUGGGCCAAUUAAAGAUCAUUAAAGACUUUUACCUGCUGGGACGAGGAGAACUGUUCCAGGCCUUCAUUGACACAGCCCAGCAUAUGUUAAAGACACCUCCCACUGCAGUAACUGAGCACGAUGUUAACGUGGCCUUCCAGCAGUCUGCCCACAAGGUACUGUUAGAUGAUGACAACCUUCUACCUCUGCUCCAUCUGACAAUUGAGUACCAUGGAAAGGAACAUAAAGAUGUUACUCAAGCACGAGAAGGACCUUCUCGGGACACCUCUCCACGGGAAGCCCCUGCAUCAGGCUGGGCAGCCUUGGGUCUUUCCUACAAAGUGCAGUGGCCUCUACACAUUCUUUUCACUCCUGCUGUCCUGGAGAAGUACAAUGUUGUCUUCAAGUACUUGCUCAGUGUACGACGAGUGCAGGCAGAACUACAGCACUGUUGGGCUCUCCAAAUGCAGCGAAAACACCUCAAGUCUAAUCAGAGUGAUGCCAUUAAAUGGCGCCUACGAAACCACAUGGCUUUCUUGGUGGACAAUCUUCAAUAUUAUCUCCAGGUAGAUGUGUUGGAGUCUCAGUUCUCCCAGCUCCUCCAUCAAAUUAAUUCCACCAGGGACUUUGAGAGCAUCCAGUUGGCUCAUGACCACUUUCUGAGCAACUUGCUGGCUCAGUCAUUCAUCUUGCUAAAACCUGUGUUCCACUGCCUGAAUGAAAUCCUAGAUCUCUGUCACAGUUUCUGCUCGCUGGUCAGUCAGAACCUGGGGCCCCUAGAUGAACGUGGGGCUGCACAGCUGAGUAUUCUAGUGAAGGGUUUUAGCCGUCAGUCUUCACUCCUCUUCAAAAUCCUUUCCAGUGUUCGGAAUCAUCAGAUAAAUUCAGAUUUGGCUCAACUACUGCUACGAUUGGAUUACAACAAAUAUUACACCCAAGCUGGUGGUACUCUGGGCAGUUUUGGGGUAUAAACCCUAAUGCUGAACUGAAGUUCAGGAGCUGCUGUCAAGAACUGAGUUGACAACUUUGCAAUUUCCAUCAGUCCAGCAUGGUGAUUCUGUCUGUUGCUGAAGGUUCACUGAAACGUUCUCUUCUAUUUUUAAAACCGAGAAAUUCUUUUAUCUUCUCUUCAAUAACUGGAGUCAAAUUCACUCCCUUCUGUCAUGGAGCAAUUAACUUCAAUCUAAGGACAUGAUUCGUCAUCAUUAAAAAAACAUUAGCUUUGCCAUACACAUAACUAGACAUCUAGAAGAGUUUAUUAAUCCUCCUCCAAGAGUUUGGUGGCAGAGCAUGAUUCACUUGAUAGAUGGCCAUGACUGAACAUGUAACAGUUCUACCAAAAAUACAUUCUGAACAGUCAUUGUGAUAUGACUAGAAAGUCAAACUUGCUUAUGUCAUAUAUUUUUGAAAGGGGAUUAUUUUUGCAAUACAUUCGCUUUCAGACUGCCAUUUGCAAACAAGAAGGGAAACAGGUGGAUUUUCUAUUUAAUUUAUGGCCAUUUUUCCUCAUUCCAAACUUUUCCACCAUCCUUGAAGAAGCUAUGAAUCAAAAGGAAUUUGUCAACAUCCUCCAACAAUCUCAGUUUAAAUUUUGAGUAAGAGGCUGGGUCAGUAAUAGAGGAUUAAAGUGUAUGGAGGUUGUUUGUUUUACGGGAAAGGAAUAGAAUAAAGACCCAUGGAAAAUUUUCAGCCAUAAAAAGACAUUAAUAGUAAAUAAUAACAAACUCCAUGACCCAACUAUAUUAGUGCUACUAAAGUAGAAGCAUUCAGUAAUUAGGUGGUGGAGAGGAAGGUAUAGGUAUAGAAGUCUCUAUCAAUUCAGAUCUACUAUCAGUCUACAGCUCAUAGGUUUGCCCAGUCCUGGAAACAGUUUGUAUGUGGCAGAGACAGGACUUGAAGAACCUCAGUCUUCAACAAUUUCAUAACAACCCAUCAAAAUAAAUUCUUAUUAAACUCUCACCACUAUAGUGGAUUCUGUG